AUGAAAACGACAACAAAUGCGAAUGAGGAGGGAGGAAUAGAGGAGGAGGAGGAGGAGGAGGAGGAGGAGGAGGAGGAGGAGGAGGAGGAGGAGGAGGAGGAGGGAGGAGGGAAGGGAGGAGCAGAAGGAAGGAAGGUAGAAGUUUUGGGAGAAUACCGGCAGUGGGGGAGAUGGUCUGUGACCCGAUGGGUAUCGCCUCAACCAGCAACGACAGAGGAGGAGGAGGAGAAGGAGAAGGAGAAAAGGGAGGAUGAGGAGGAGGAGGAGGAGGAGGAGGAGGAGGAGGAGGAGGAGGAGGAGGAGGAGGAGGAGGAGGAGGAGGGAGGAGGAGGAGGAGGAGGAGGAGGAGGAGGAGGAGGAGGAGGAGGAGGAGGAGGAGGAAGAGGAGGAGGAGGAGGAGGAGGAGAAGAGAGGAGGAAUGGGAGGCGGGGAACGUGUCAGGAGCAAUUGGGGAAGAGGAGGGCCAGAGGGAACUUAGCCGGAUGUUGA